AUGUUCACCUUGCCCAUCCUCGGGUUCGACAUCUCCCCUUCCCGCCAACUUCCCUGCUCUGAGCUCUUCUCUUCCCUGCCCCUUGCUCUUCUCUGCUCUGUGCUUUUCUCUGCUCCUCACUCCUCCAUGCUCCGUGCUCUUCCCUGCUCCUCGCCUCUCGACUGCUCCUCGCCUCUCGACUGCUCCUUGCCUCUCGACUGCUCCUUGCCUCUUGACUGCUCCUUGCCUCUUGACUGCUCGUUGCCUCUUGACUGCUCCUUGCCUCUUGACUGCUCGCAUCAUCAGACGCUUGGAUGCUCAGCGCCGACUGUCUGGGGAGCUGCCUGCGUGGAUCUUCAGCCUCACAGACUUGACUUUACUGUGCGUGCUGCCAUGCACCAUCUGCCAUGCACCAUCUGCCAUGCACCAUCUGCCAUGCACCAUCUGCCAUGCACCAUCUGCCAUGCCAUGCACCAUUCACCACCCUACAUCAUUUUCCUUGUACAUACAUCGUACCCUUAUGACCGUUUUCUUUAUCUCAACUUCCUUUCCGAUACUCUCAGUAUACUCCAGACCCAACCCUCUCCGUCCACCAGGGAUAUCCAGGGCAACAACUUUACAGGCUCCAUUCCAGAGGCAAUCAGCAGCCUCAAGCAGUUGCGGAAGCUACGCAUCAUGGAGCCAACGCUGUCAGGGUCCAUCCCCGAGUCAAUAGGAGCGCUCACCAACCUGCAAGAUCUAGACUUGGAAGACUGCGGCAGCCUGGAUGGCACCAUUCCCGCCUCCAUUGGCAACCUCACUGCACUCACCUCCCUGAGUCUUCAUGAAUCCUUUCUCUCAGGCUCCAUUCCAGAGGAAAUCAGCAGCCUCGGGCAGCUACAAAACUUGGACCUCCAAAACACCAUGCUGAAUGGCACCAUUCCCGCCGGCAUUGGCCACCUCACCGCACUUUACACCCUAAACCUUAAGUACAACAGUCUCUCAGGCUCCAUUCCAGAGGCAAUCAGCAGCCUCAAGCAGCUUGGGGAGUUGGAGCUGAAGGACAACAGGCUGAGUGGCACCAUUCCCGCCUUCAUUACCCACCUCACCGCACUCAACACCCUAAGUCUUGGAGACAACCGCCUCGUAGGGACGAUACCUGAUGCAAUCACUACGCUCACCGAUCUUGCAUACCUGGACUUUCAGAGCAACAACCUGAGUGGCACCAUUCCCGCCUCCAUUGCCCACCUCCAAAAACUCUACUUCCUUGGACUUGGCAACAAUCGCCUUACAGGGACGAUGCCUGCUGCAAUCACCACGCUCACUAAUCUCGAUUACCUCAACUUAAAGGGCAACCAGUUGACGGGAGAGGUGCCCUCGUUCGACCAUACGGACCCAUUCUAUUCGUUUACUGGGGACCCUUUCAACAACAAUUACCAGUUUGACGACCUCGCCGCCUCGGAAAGCCCUCUUUCUUUCAACACUUCCAGCCCUGUCGAAACUCUACAGCUGGACACCUUGUGCACCAAACCACCGUGUGAACCACCAGGCCCUGCAGUCGUGGGAGUGGCGUUGUCUGCUCUUCAGGCACCUCAGAACCUGCUGCUGCUGCUGAUGCUUCCACUAGCAGUGCUACAGCUGCUGGCCUUCACACUGCCACAGUUUCUGAGGCGCCUUAAGAAUCGGCCCCACACACGCUACUUCUUUUCAAAGAGAGCCCUUGCUGCCCGGCAAGCUGCCAUGGGUGUGGAGAUUACUUGCUAG